CCAUUAGAUCAGAGGCUGUGAGCCAAAGAGAGCCCUGCGUUUGUGUCCUGGUUCGGUCUCUGCUACUGAUAUAACAGGAGAUUUUGGAAGUCCUUGCCCCUUUGAGAGCAUCAGUUCCUUUAUUUGUGUACUGGGGCUGUGACAGACACCCUCUCUGAAGCCAGUGGUCAUCUGUUCCCAAGACGGACACCCCUCUUAGGUGGUUCGGAUCAAACCCCCAGUCCGAGCUAUGAACUGGUGGGUGCAGGCAGGCCCUGGGGCCCCCAAACCUCCUGGGUUUUUAGGGGGUGAAAGCAUCCCCAGCAUUUCCUCAGCCCUAGGCCUUAUCCAUCAAUCCUUUGGCAGUUGGGUGUCUUCUCGAACCCUCAAUGCUCCCUCUCACACUGCCCCUACCCCAGGCCGUGCUCUGGGCCACAGGCAUAGGAAGGGGCUUCUUAAGGCCUCAGUGCCACCCCUCCAAACUCAUUUGCUCCCCAUUCCCUGCCUGAAAUGCCAGCAGCAGGCAAGCAAGCAUUCCUUGAGCUAGACAUGGAUCUCUAAAAGCACUGUGCUCUGGGAUAGGAGUUUGGGAAGCUAUCAGACAAUCACACCUUAGUGUGAAAUAAUUGGUUUGAUCUUUUUCCAAGGGAAAACAGACAGAAGGGAGGGCAUGUCCAGAACCUGGGGGAUAGGUGGGAGGGACAGGGGAUAGAGAGCCACCCCAGGGGACUGUCCAGGCUGCGGGAAAUCUCCCCCAGGAUCCACCCACACUUUCCAUUCCUUUCUCUGACUUCAGGGCACCCACCAGGAGAGAAGAGCUGACUCUGUCACUUCCCCUUUCCCUUUUCCUUCCCUGACCUGGGGUUCUGGGCACCCUUGGGCCAUGUAGUCUGGUUGGGAGUAGGGGGCGGUGGGGCCUAGUUUUCAGGGUUCUAUAGCUGAGCUGCCACGGUAACUGGGGGAAAUAAACACUCUGGGUUUCAUGGUCCAAGUUCUGCGGUGAUGUCAUCCCUAGCUCUAGCCUGCUAGGUCCUGUGGCUGGCUGCACCCCAGGCGGCCUCAGCUGCUCAAGCCAGAGGAUCGACUUCCUUCCCAACCCCCAAGCAGCUUCCUGAGUGGGGGAGAGAGUGGGCACAGGGGCUUGGGCAGGGGCAUCUGGAACAGGCUCCACAUGGCCUAGCACCUUGCCCACCACUUGGAUCUCUCAGUAGCUAUUGCCCCCUCCUGGGCCCCAGCCAUGAAACUGUCCAAGGGGGCCAGAAACUCUGUGUUCAAUGGGCAGCACCCAGAGGAGAAAGUUCAGGUGCCCUCGUGGCAGGAGGUAAAGCAGACCCCUGUGAUCAUGGCAAUGAUCAAAGGUCCGGGCCCGGCCAAGUACCCCCGGCCAUCCUGCACAGGCUACUUACACCACGAUGUCUCCAUGUUCCAGGAGCCAGCCUAUACUCUGCACACCAGACACUCAGAGAAGUGGGUCAUGGACAUUUGCAGCCCUGGGCCUUGCUAUUUCUUGGAUCCCAAAAUAACCCGGUUUGGAAUGUCCAGCUGCCCGCAGGUCCCCAUGGAGGAACGCAUCUCUAACCUGCGCCUGAGCCCCAACCCAGCCUCCUGCCAUUACUACUUAGAGAAGACCCACCCACCUGGGGAACGCAGGGCUCCCCAGUAUGCUUUUGGCUACCGGUGCCCAUACAGAGUGAUGGACGCCAAUCCAGCCCCCAACCGGUACCAGCUGCCACUCUUGCUGGGGCCCAGCAACCCCAUCAGUCGAGCUGCUCCUUGCUAUAGUUUCACCUCAGAGCACAAGAACUGGUUCUACAAGGACAAUGUGGCAGGAGGCCCCGGGCCAGCCAUGCACGCCCGGCCCGAGCCCUCCGUCUACCAGAACCGCAGCCCCGUCUACAGCAUGGCCAAGCGAUUCGCCUACCCGGUGGACCACACACCUCGGCCUGGCCCUGGCUCCCACAAUGUCCGGCAGGUCACGGUGCACAAGCCCCGCACACCUGCUUUCACCAUGGGCAUCAAGCACUCACCCCACCUGUGCCCGCUGGUCAUCGACAUUCAUGACUAAGGCCCCUCCCGGGGCACACACCCACCCCUCCCCUCAGAAGUUAUUUUUCUGUAUUGAACUGAGCAAUUUACCCAGGUUUCA